UCUUACAGAGCCACAAACAACCAUUUGGUAUAAGCACUCUUCUGUUGCGUUCUCUCUGUGACUCAGAACAGAAAAAAGAUGUCAAAGCAGGCAUUUGAGAUGAUGAUGCUUGUGUUGUUAAUGGCGGCGGCAAUGAGCCCAUUAAGAGCUGCUGCUGAAGCGGAGAAGAAGGAGACCGUCACUAACCUCCAUUUCUACUUCCACGACAUACUCAGUGGAAAGAACCCGACUGCUGUUCGGGUGGUUGAACCCGUGGAUACAUACAAAUCCACCACCCUUUUCGGAGUCGUGAUGAUGGCUGACGACCCCCUGACGGAGACGCCCGACCCGAAUUCGAAGCUCGUGGGGCGGGCGCAGGGUCUUUAUACGUCGGCAUGUCAGCAGGAGUUGGGUUUGCUGAUGUCCAUGAGCUUCUCCUUUACGGAUGGCAGCUCCAUCAGCAUUCUGGGCAAGAACUCGGCUAUGAACCCGGUCCGAGAGAUGCCGGUCGUGGGUGGCACCGGGAAGUUCCGGCUGGCACGGGGCUAUGCACUUGCCCACACUCACUGGCUCAACCCCGCCACCGGUGAUGCCAUUGUUGCCUAUAACGUCACCGUGAUUCAAUAAUUUUGCUCCUGUUUUCCUUUGAAAUGUGCUGUGUGCCGAUUCCGCUGAAAAAUUCUUCUGUUCUCAUACUGCGUGAGUGCGUGUAAUAGCUAACAUAUUUGACAUUCAUGAUACUGAUUAUGUAUGGACAGCGAUUAUAUAUUGAUGCAAUAGUGAUUAUUAUAUAUUAC